AACACAAGUAGUGCUUUAUCCAGUCUGUCCCACUCUGGGUAAGAGGAAACCCUAAACUACUCCGACUCAACCAGCUUGGCCCUAUUUCUCGUACUCUUUCUUCCCUCUCUUUUCUCUCACUCCCGCGUGAGUGCACUCAGGACGAGAAUGGCAGCAUCAUCUGGACAGAGAACAAAUGGGCCCUCCACAAUGUUGGCUUUCGCUUUGCUUCUCAUCGGCCAACUUUUGAGCGGAGUCAUGGCACAGGAAGGUGUAAGAGGCGACGGGGUUGUAAACACUACUGCAAAACCUGGUACUACAAAGACAUCAGGUCAAGUGAUGGUUUUACCCACACCGGAGACAAGCAAGCCUUCUCCAGAGACACCUAAACCAGAAGACAACAGCACUUCAGACACACCAACCAUUGUACCGUUGGAGAAAACAAAAAAGGAUAUGAUUCACACAAAACAGCCGGCUGUAAAUCCAAAUACGCCAGCACCCAACUCGGCCAGAGGCGACAACCUGCCUGGGCGAGAUGUCGUCUGCGUGACCAAAGAGGCUGUGGAAGACAAAAACGCUGUUCUUGUGAAACUGAAGUCAUCCACCAAAUGUGAAGACACACAGUCAAAAAUGAUAAAGGUUCUACCUGAAUUGUGUGGUGAAGAGUGUAAGCUGGAGAUCUAUCAAGAAAACAACACGGAUCACGUGCUUGUAUCUGGGAAGUAUGUAGAAGAUGAUGUGAUAGGCAUGGUAAACAAAUUCAACAAGGUCAACAUUAAGGAUAGAACUGGUGUGCACAGAGCCACUCCUCGCUGGCGGAAGAACUCAAAGUUGGUACUGGUUUCCUUACUGCUUACUGGCCUGCUGCUGGCUGCGCUGCUGAUUGGAUUAUAUUACUUGAAGACGCACCGCAAGAACUCCAAAGGUGUCAGACUGGCUGAGUCUUUCCAGGUGGAUGAGGAGAACCAGGCCAACACCCUGGUAUCUGUGGCCCCGCUGCCUCAGGAGCCCACAGACAAACCUACCGCCAAUGGCGAAUCUCCACCUGAAAAUGGGACCAACCAAACCCCAACCACCAAUGGACACUCUGCCACCCAGAACCCAGUGGCUGACACAGAGAUGUGAAUCAAGGACCACUCUUCAACAUCCCAUUGUGCCAGUCGCCUACUAACCUCUCUGUUCAUCUGACACAAAUUCAACUUGAAUCAAUCUCAAACAUUCACAUCUCCACCUGCUCUUACUCAACCAGCAAGACUCCAUAUGAAGAUGCAAAUGAUGACGAAAUGAUGACAGUGCCUGUAAUGUGAAAAGUUUGAGAACAUUAAUCUUUGCAGAAGUUAGCAGAAGCCUGCUCACACUGACAGAGAGACUCUGAGUUUCAUAACUGUUCUGACUUCAGUCUUAUUGUGACAAUAUUUGUAGAAUCAUGAAGUCAUGCCAAGGAUGUAUUGUUGAUAUCUGACAAAGAAGCAGAAAAUCCUUUUGUACUUUAAUCCACAAAAUGAUGCCUACCAGCUGAAAAGAGGUCUAAUGUUUUGAUUAAAGAACAGACACAUUUUUUAUGCUUGUUUCUAAGAAUCCAUUGCUGCCUUAAAGUGAAUUUAAAAGACAACUCAAAUAGCUAUUUUCUUUUUGAACCCAAAGAUCACCUUAUUAUUGUGUAUUAUUGUGCAAAACGUUAGAUGGAAAACCACAUGCAGUCUUUGGUUGUACUGCUCCAAAGUUAUUUUAAAAAAUCUAUAAACGUCAGUGGACAGUUUUGCAGUUCCCAGCUAGUUUUAUUUCUGCUGCAACAACCAAACUUCUGCAGCUGAACUUCAGUCAAAACUCACUCAAGGCAGGAUCAAAAGUGCAUCUCUAUUUUGUGCCAGUGUGGUUUUUAUAAUUGUUUUUUUUUUUCUUUUUGUACUAUUUUUUGCAACAAAUUUGAAUUUUCAACUUUUACUACUGUCUUAGGGAAUUAUAAGGACAAUUAGCUUGUUUACAUAACAGAGUGGGAGAUUUCUAGUUGUCAGGAUGAAAAAGAAAAUCCCUGCUGUGCCUUUCACAGCAUACAGUGGGUUUAGAUUUCUUUGGCUACUUCUUUUUGUAAAGCAUAUCUUCCACUCCAAUGUUUUUAAUUUCUCUUUCACAAUGUUCUCUAUGUAUAAAUAUGUUUGUUUUUAUAUUCAUAAAAUGUUUUUGUUACUAAAA